CCGAAAGCACAUAACCUCCGAUAUUUUGUAAAAAUGGAAAAAACUGAAAUUCGUGCAGUGAUUAAGUAUUUUUAUUUGAAAGGCUUGCAACCGCAAGAAAUGAUUGAGGACUUUCAAAAAACUUUGGGGGAGUCUACUCCGUCGAAUGCAACCGUAUGUAACUGGAUUGCUGAGUUUAAACGUGGUCGUACCAGCACAUCGGACGCAAUGGUCGUCGAAAUGAGAUGACCACAACAGAAAUGAGUGAAAAAAUCCAUGAUAUCGAGUUGGAUGGCUCCAAAAUAAAAUUGCGUUAACUAGCUGCGACUGUGAGCAUCUCAUCUGAACGUGUGUCCAAUAUCCUAUACGGACAUUUGGGUAUGAGAAAGCUAGCUGCAAGAUGGGUGCCACGAUUGCUAACAAUCGAUCAAAAACGUGAACGAGUUCGCAUUUCUCAGCAUUGUUUGGACAUGUUUAGACGCAAAUCAAAGGGAUUUCUGUGUCGAUACAUAACCGUUGAUGAAACAGGAAUCCACCAUUAUGCGCCUUAAUCGGAACAGCCGGCACAAUGAGUUACAAAGGGUGAAAGUGCUCCAAAGCGAUCAAAAACAAUCGGCUAGAAAAGUUCUGGCCACUGUGUUUUGGGAUGCACAUGGAAUAAUCUUCAUCGAAUAUCUUGAAAAAGGAAGAACAAUCACAGGAGAAUAUUAUGCAUCAUUGGACCGAAUGAAUGAUGAAAUCAAGAAAAAAACGGCCUCAUUUAGCGAAGAAAAAAAAUUCUCCUUCAUCAAGACAAUGCACCAGCUCACAAAUCGAUCUGGCCCCGUGUGACUUCUACCUCUUUCCAAAUCUCAAAAGAUGGCUCCAGGGAAAGAGAUUUGCUUCAAAUGAAAAAAUUCUUAUUAUUUGGAAGGCUGGAAGAAGCUGGAAACUCGUUGGGCUCGGUGUAUUGAGUUAAAAGGAGAUUAUGUUGAAGAA